CAACCAUCGCCCCGUCGCACGCACUCUGUUCGUUCUAACGUCUAUUUCACCUCCUCAUCGAUCAGACUGAGAUAUCUGUUGAUCAUCGACUUCACACAUCCAAGUCCAGAAACUUUUCGUAUUGUUACCCGUGGAUCGAAUUCCAAGAUAGCCACCGAAGAAGAAAGGAAGGCCGUUUGUCCUCCUCUCACCCACGAACCAUUCGAUUCAUUAGCCGGUCCAUUGCCACACUCAGUUUCUACUAGUAUCAAGGCACAACUGGUCCUAGCCCAGGCGUUGUCACUUGCUGUUUCUUCCAUUUAUCAAAACCGUCUUCUGCGACACCAAACUCCACCAUUUCACCGUCGAUUUGCCUUCAUUGAAAAAUCUCUAUUCUAUUAUCUGUGGAUAUUUCGUCCCAUCUCCCUUCAUGACCGACAACCGUUCAAUUUUCCGAUGAGAAUUAUAUCCUGAUACAUUCCCCCUUUUUUUUGAACCUCUCCCUCUCCUGUCGGCUAAUAGCUACCGGCCACACAUAAGUCGACACCUCCUUUCCUCAUGGCGCGACGUUACGAGAUCAGCGAGCUAUUAUGGCUACGAGACUCACCUUUGGUUGCGAAACCGCCGAGUUUACCGCCGAUUGAAGAAUGGAUGGGACCGAUACCUGACCCAACACAGCGGAAACCGAGAGAUAAUAACAGUAACAACCAAAAUGAAACGACGCUCAGAAUACCUAGUUUGCUUGAGACGCGGCAUGUCUCAAGAGUUUCGAAUUCAGAUGAUAUUGUGCUAGGUCCACCAAAAACAGCCUUCGCCUCUGCCUCUCGCAUUCUUAACAAAUCCUCAGUCGAUGCAUCGGAACGACUAUCCAGGUUCCAGGAGUCGGAUGAGGCGAAAAACGAUCGUUAUAACUUCCGUGAUAAGUUCUUCAAGGACCGAGACUUCGGGGAUAAAGACUUUGAGAGACGUGAUGGGAAACCAGGAAUACUAAGUAACAGACGCGGCGAUAGGGAGGACUGGAAUAAUGGACGUCCCCGCCGCAUCUUCCAAGACGAUACCGAUCGAAGACCAAGGCGCAAUGGAGAUACGGAUAGGUGGGAAGGGAAAGAUGGUUACAGAGAUCGCGACUCACGAGACUUCAAUGCUGAAAGAGGCCCCAGGGACAAGGAAGGGCGCUUCGUUUUGAGAAGGGAUGGUCCAGGACGUGCUAGACAUGAGGGGAGCUGGUUCCGCGAUGGCAGUGCUCAGGAUAGCCCCGACGUGGAGGAAGAAAGACCCUCAGUGAGGAAUAAGGAAUGGCGUCGUGAUAGGGUUGGCGUUGAUCGUGAUUGGAACAGAGGUACCAAAAUCGAACAGGAGCCCGAGUGGCUCGAUUCGAGCGACCGGGGUGAUCACCGCCGGGCGCAUACCCAGGAGGACUUUGAGCGUUGGAAAGAAAGAAUGAAGGCGAGCUCCGCUCAAGCACAGGUGGAGGAAAAGAUGGAGGUCCCGGCAGAGACAGUUGCUGAACCCCCGCCCCCGCAGAAGCCGGAGGUUAGGCCUACCGACGGCAGCCUGUUCAGUGAUCAAGGCACUUCCUUCCAGGGAGGUUCGACUAUGGACAGGUUCUUUGGCUUGUUGGGGGAUGCGAAACCGUCUCCGGACGUGAUCACGCCCGGGUCGGUAGACUCGGCCACCACGAAAAAGGACUUGAUGUCAGCGAAGCCGUCUAAAUCAUCAAGGUUCGCUGGGCUGUUUAGCCCGCCUCCGGAAACAAGCCCUGCAAGGGAGUCAGCUUCUCCAGCUCUAGAAGCCAAAUCUCCCACAGAUCAGUCAGCUGCCAAAGAUGCAGACCAGGAAGGUUUCCAACGCAUUUUACAGAUGCUUGGGGGAGGAGGCAAGUCUCGCACUACCACCCCAAAGGUCGAUGCUACGCAGCAGCCUCGUCCGCCGUCUCGGGUGCAUAUGGAGCAUACACGAACCGCGACGGCAAUGUCAUCUCCUGUUGUGGAUCCCUUCCAUCGGCCUGAGUUCUUCGCCCUGUCGCAGGAUAAUGCUGUACGAGGCACGGCUCCUGUCCAGGAAACUCCCCUUUCGCAAAGUGUUUCGAAAGAGCCCCCGGCUCGAGACCGGGAACACUUACUUCGUCUGAUGCAACAAGUACGGAUUAGCCCACCUCAGGGUAAUAACAGCCAAGGACAGCCCCAAAGUGCAGGUCCAGCUCCCGGUAUGAUGAACAUGCCAGAGCUUCUAUCUCGCCCCCAAGGAAUGCCGCCAACGCAGAAGACUGCCAACUUCCUAGAGGACCCAGCAAUUGCCAACAUGCAACGGCCCGAGGGACGGCGUCUGCCAAAUGGGCUGCCUGCAGGCUACCUGGAUGAGAUCCCGUUCCCGCAGGGCAAUCAGCUACCCAUCACCCCCGGCGGGGGCAGGGUACCUCAGAACCAAAACCAUGCACCAUUAGGCCUACAACGGCCUCCAGGUUUUGACAAUGUGCCACGCCCUGGAUGGACAGGCCAUCAACUCCCUCUUCAGCAGGGUGGUGGCCCAAGCCCCCUAGCUCCUCCGCCUGGGAUUCCAACACCGGCUCGGGGCAUCAAUCCCAAUUUUGCUUCAAAUAUGAUGCCAAUGCAAGGUGGAAUCCCCCCAAUGAAUGAACGCCAGCCUUUCCCUCGUGCUGGCAGUAAUGGCUCUGGCUUUGCUCCUCCGCCUGGCAUGAUACCUCCUCCUGGGUAUAUGAACAUGAACGUACCUUUACCUUCCGGCUUCCCACCCAUGCCACCCAAUUCUGACCCUAUGAUGGGACCUGGACAAGGCCCUUACGGGGGUGUCAAUCUAGGCCCACGGGGACUGCCGCCCUCAUCAAGGCAUUUACUCGAUAUGCUUGGUCAAGCCAACGGAGGCGAUAUCAGGGGUGGCAUGAUUGCACCUGGACAAUUCAGAUAGCUGGCUACGAUGGAGUGAAUAUUUCUAAUUUAAGGGAAACAUAUGGCUUUUGCUCAUUUGCCUUGGUUUGUAACGAAUCUUCCGAGAUAUCCAGAUAUCCCUUCCUCGCCCGGUGCUCUUACGGUUAUUUGCCACUUACUGCUCCUUACCCUUCGUAUGCUCUUUUCUUAUCUUUACUAGUUCUUUUACCUUGUUCCCCUCCCACGCCUUGUAUCGCCAUUAGCGUUUGCAUCGAGGCUGGCUUUUUGGGUUCUUCUGCGCCAGGAUAUCUCGAUGCGUGGUCUGAGAGCAGACAAUGGCCGCGUAGUUCGUGGGUCAUCUAGGAGCUCUUUGAGAAAGGGAACGAAAGAAGAGAGAUGCAAAUCCAAAAGCCAACAAGCAAAGCCAAGCGUCAGACCCUGGGUAAUGUCAGAUAGUGGGUAAAUUGCCUUCCUGUUUGGUCGUCUUCUAGUGUCGAAGAUGCCAAUCUUUAUGAGACAUUGUACGGAUACCCAGAUGGUUGCAAUCUAAUACAUUCCUUUAUUCUAAUCUAGUGCUA